AUGAGUUUAACGACUGCAACGACGCUUUUCUUGAUUGUUUUCCUCGGCGGAACAGUUUUUGUUGAUUCUGCUCCUGCCGGGGAUUGUGCCACUUCAUGGACAGAAGGAACUGAUUAUUUUCCGGAUAAAGUUUCCAUUGAUUACUUCUCAGGAUUCAACGUCUCGUAUCAUAACUACUACAAAAUCGUAACAAAUAAUCGGGCAAAUGAAACCUACUUGCUUUAUUGUACUUUGACGCGUCCAAAUAUAUCUUUGACAAAUGUUAAAAGUUAUCUACAAGUUCCUGUAAAGAAUGUUGCUAGUCUUGAUUUGAACAUGCUUGGUCUCGAUUCAGCGAUACAAUAUAUUGCAAAUCCAGAAAAUGUGACAUCUCCAUGUUUACAAAAAGCGAAAAAAUCUUCAUUCGUCGACAGCGGUGGCAAUAAUAGUGAUACCAGUAAUUCGGUUGAUGUCGUUUUCUCUAGUGAUUCGAAAGAUUCGGAUAAAUAUGUGACUGUCUCUCGUGGAAAUGAUUUGAGUCCAUUGCAGAAAGCCGAAUGGAUAAAAUUCGUUUCCUUAUUUUUCAAUGGUGAGAAAAAUGCAACAGACACAUUCAAUAAUAUUCAGGAAAAUUAUAAUUGUAACACGCAGAACUUGAUCAUGGCGGCCAAUGCGAAAAAUAUCGCGUGGGUUGCCUAUAAUUCUGUUGCCAAGGAAUGGAAUCUGAUAAAUGAUCUGUAUUAUACUGUAUUGACUUUAAAUGCUGGUGCAAUGCCAAUAUUGAAUGCUAGUCGAACUUUUUCCCAACUCUCAAGCUUCCAAUCUGCAAUAUCACAUGCUUAUCUAAUAAUCGAUCUUUCACUAAUCACGGAUGAAAAUAUCAAUACGUACGAUAAAUGGCUAAAAGUAAUCGGCUAUUACAGCUACGACAGAUCCAGUUUACCAGCAUUCGUUGAGAAACGCCGAGUCUAUCGUACGGAUAAACUAUUGAAUAAAUUAGGAUAUGAUGAUUGGUCCGCAUCUUCAGGGGCUCGCCCAGAUCUCGUGUUACGUGAUUUAAUCUCAAUUCAGUAUCCAACUUAUGAGCGAGAAUAUCUGCCUACUUGGCUGGAAAACUUUUCAGCUUCUGAUACCUCAAAAUUUUUGACAGAAGAAAACUGUGGUAUUACGUCGGCUGUACAGAGUCCAUUGUUUGCUCCUAUUUCUAGAUGUAACGCCUCAGACUUCCCGUUCGAUAAACCUGAGACGUCAACGCGGACCAGUCAUAAUGAAGAUGUUAACUCGUCUUAUUCGAAAAAAUCCAAAGGAUUGACUUCCAUUAUUCUCGUUAGUAUUGGAGCUUUGUUAUUAGUUGUGAUUGGAUUAGCAUUUUUGUUGAAAAAGAAGGUCCGAUCCAAGUUUAUCGAAAUGAAGGAUGAACCCACACUCCAAAUGACUCAAACUGAAGGUGAAAUUAGAAUCAUCAAAGUAGAAGAAAAUGCUUGA